AUUGAAACAACCAUAAAUUCAGUAGACGAGGAUCGGAAAAUGUACUUACAAGCAACAAUUGUACGCAUAAUGAAAUCUCGAAAAGUUCUUAAACACAACGCUUUAAUACAGGAGGGCCGGAUCAAGAACAGUAGGGGCUCAGCUCUAAAACAGAAAUAUAAAGUCCAAACUCAGCUGUAAAUCUGCUGUAAAAGCGCUUUUCCAGCAAUUUCCAAAACAUUUCAGCUAUUAUUCACUGCAUGAAAAGCGCUGUUAGUGCUGAACAAUUACUACUUUUAGUGCUGAUUGGUUACUUGGGUGAGCAUCUGAAACAAAUUUGACAUCUAUCGGCAAUCCCGAUCGAUUUUUAGAUCGAUUUACUUUUUUGCCUUUCUUACUAAAGAAAGGUAUAGGUAUUACUUUAUGGCUGGACGUCAUUUUCAUCUUCGUAAAUAUUACGAUUCAGCAUGAAUUUUCAUCGGAAAAAAUCACACUGCAUCGAUUUUUGACGCUUCGUCGCCAAGGCGAAAAGUUGUCAAGUUGAGCUUCGAAUACUGGCGCGAGAAUGCUGGUAAGUUGGUCGUAAGUUUUUUUUUAAGAUGGCGUUCGAAUGGUUAACGUCCGAAAUGUCAAAAUCAAGCAGUGGUACCAAUAUUCCGAAAAAAGUGUGCCAUGACAUGACAGCCACAUUUGUUUUCUAAUGUUGGUGCUACUGCGCGAUUUUGACAUUUCGGAUGUUCACCAUUCGAACGCCAUCUUCGUUUAAAAACCUGGAUGGGAGCUUUCUAUGCUUUUCAUCGUUUAUAUCGUUUUCAAAGUUUUCAAUGCUGGCGACGCCAAUGGCUUUCUACCAGGGCCCUGGAGAUGGCUGGAUAUGAGCUAACGAACAACAUUGGCAAUAUGGUGUCGUUUGUUUACAAACAUGAGAUUGUUUGUGGACGAACCGUAAAAUUUACUUUUUUUGUAAAAAAAACCUCUAACCAUUGUGCAAUGACAUUAAGUCUUACAAAACAGACAAAGUUUCGUUAAAUUUGUUUUAUUAUUAUUUUUCAAUUUAACGGUGCACAUCAACCAGAGUUUUUGUACCAAGAUUUUUGUCACAGAUAUUUGGGAGCGGCCGUGGCUGACUGGUUACGGUGUUCGCUUAGUAAGCGAAUGGUUCUGGGUUCGAUUCCCAUCUGCUCCCAACGAGAAAGUUUAGAACACAUAAAUUUGAAAUGAUGAAUAUGAACGAAAAAUCAAAGUCGCUCGAGGCGGGGUUCAAUUCUCCGUCCUUUGAAUUGGUAAGCAAAAAUGCUAGCCACUAGGCCAUGUCGACUUGGUGAGCUUGAACUGGAAUUAGGAAUACUGUUACAGAGAGCGAGUUGUGGCGCUAUAACCACGGCAAUAGUGUCCAGUACAACCAAAAUCUCGGAGCGUAUGGUGGUGUGUCCCCACGCUUCUUCCUCCCCUGUCGAUUCAGAAUUGUGUUGUUGUUCGAACACUCAGUGCUCAAACUCAACCCAAUUACGAAUCAUCUCUGCGAUACGGCUUUACGCAGUUGGCCUGGCCGCUUUAACGCUUGUAAUGUUUCAAUGCAUUCUAAUGCAAUGGCGCACUACAAACGUUAAUAAAUGACAAGAAGAGUGCUAGGCGUCAUCUAACCUAAGGCACUCUCCAGGAUCCCUUCGAAAGAUUGGCUGCGCUAGGGUCUGAUAAGAUUAGAUUAGAUUAGAAGAUUUUUGUCACAGAUAUUUUAGUAUUUUCUAAACUAUCGAUAUAAUUUUUAAUUCAUCCCCUCCUAAAGUACUGUCUACUAAUCGAUUUACAACAAAAUUUGCCUAUUUUACAAUCAGAUUUUUGCAGGAUUGGGUUCGUAAGUUUGCAAAUUUUGAAAUAAGAAGACAACUGUUGAGAUGAACAACCCUGUAGUCGUCAUCGAGUCGACCUAGUCGGCCGAACCCCCUGUCGACCUCACGCGCAGCUGUUUGAGCUGCAAAACAACAACAGCAAAUGUGUUGCGUCAUCCGUUACAAAAGCACGCGGUUCAAUAAAGUCUCCAACAAAUCCGACCAACCUGCCACUCUGCUCAUCAGGUUAUGAGCCCAGGUUGCGCGAGUACCGAAAAGUUGUUUUCGCGGCGUUUUAGUGAGUGAAGUUCGGAAGUUGGUGGAACGGAUUGAGGAUGAAGACCAACGGCGUUGUUGCGGGGGUGCCACUCUUCGUUGGCUCGAACUACCGGUCGUGGAAGUGCCGGAUGCUGGCCGUGCUGGACGAGCACGAGCUGGAAGAAUGCAUCCAGCAGGAGGCGGCGGAAGUGGAGGAGCUGAAGGUGAAGGAGGAGGACACGGCGGCGCAGAAGGAGGUAAAGUUGAAGGCGGCGGAGAAGAGGAAGAAGAAGGAGAAACGGUGCCGGUCGUUUCUGCUUUCGCGGCUGGAUGACGACCACGUCGAGCAGGUCCAGGACAAGUCGACGCCGAGGGAGAUUUGGCUGGCCCUGGCUGCGAUGUAAGAGCGGCAAAGUUUGGCGAAACGUUUGCACCUGAAGCAGGAGCUGAUUCUGCUGCUCCAGGGGGGGCGACACUCUACGGGAGCACUUCAUGAAGUUUGACCGGAUCAUUCGUGAGUUGAAGUCUACUGGAGCGACCA